AUGAUCAUCCACACCUCUCUCAACCAGCCAAUUGACGACAGGGAGUUCUUUGACGGAACAAUUCCCGACUUUAUCCGGACUUCCCCGUUCGUCAAUGAUACCACUCCGUUCUUCAUUGAUGCGGCUACCGGCGAACAGCUAAGUCAGCGGCAGCUGUGGAAAAUGUCAAAUGACUUUCUGACCAUUUUCCGGCAGCACGGACUUGGAAACGCUCGUGACAAUGUCUCUGAUCCGUCCAUGGGCGACGUUUUCAUCACUCUCUUUCCCAACUGUAUUUGGGCAGGUCCUGUUCAUUGGGCAGCUCUGGAUGCUGGUGCUACCCUAUCGCCUGCAAGUUGCUCAUACACGGUCCAGGAGUUUGCUCAUCAGCUCCAGCUUGUUGUUCCAAAGAUGGUUGUUUACUCUGAGCCAUUCAAACAGUUGCUGGAAGACGCUAUCAUUGUUUCCAAGACAAAUCCAACCAUUUUAUCUCUUGAACAAUUGAUUGAAGAUAGUGAGAGAGUGCCUCUGGCUCAAGCCAACUUCCAGUUUGCAAACAGACUCCAGCUGCGUCCCAAAGAGAGUAUCACUCGAGUAGCAUACCUGGCCAUGUCUUCUGGAACCUCAGGAGGACUAUUCAAGGCUGUCAGAAUCACACAUGGAAAUAUCACAUCCAACGCCAUCAUGAGCACCAAGAGUUCCAAUGCUCUGUUGAAAACAAAUCAGGUGGCCUCCGCUAUUAUUCCCGUGUCGCACCUCUAUGGACUAGCCCAGUUUCUGGUGUUUGGAGUCCACAGAGGCACUGCUGCUGUGUUCCAUAAAGGUUUUGAUUUCAUCGAGUUCCUGGAUGCUGCUGUCAAGUACAAGGUAAACAUCUUCCCACUGGUACCCCCCAUCAUCAUUUUGUUGGCUAAACAUCCGUUUACGCAGAAAUAUGUGCCAGAUCUGAAACGCAACCUGACCACUGUUCUCUCGGGAGCUGCUCCUCUCGGUGUCAAAGCCACAGAAGAGUUUCUGGAACGAAUCACCGGCCGAAAAGAUGGAGUGUCCGAGUACGGUACCCUGCGGGUAAUCCAGGGCUGGGGCAUGACCGAGACGUCGCCUGUGUGUACUUUGUUCGACCCCGAAGUCCCCGUGGCUCAUAUUAGAUCGGUUGGAAAACUUGUGUCAAACACUGAAGCUCGAGUGGUGUCUGAGGGAGUUGACCAACCUGCUUGUGACGUUGAUCCGGCGUCUCUAGAUGCUGCUAUCAAGGCUGGGGGACUUCCCACGGGCGAGAUUCUCAUUCGAGGACCUCACGUGAUGGACGGAUAUCACAAGAACCCCUCUGCUAACGCAGACGCGUUCGAAGAGGCUUCUGACUGGACUCCCGACAUGCCCUGGUACAAGAAACGAUGGUUGCGAACUGGAGACGUUGGUUUCUUUGAUCUGCAGGGCAGAGUAAUGAUUGUGGACCGUACCAAGGAGCUUAUCAAAAGUAUGGGAAAACAGGUGGCUCCUGCUGAGCUGGAAGACGCGUUAUUGGCCAAUCCUCUGGUUGCUGACUGUGCUGUUAUUGGUGUUAUGGACGUGGAUAAAGGCACAGAGUCUCCCCGGGCUUUUGUGGUUCUGAGAGAUCCGAAAGCUGAUGCUGUGGGUAUUCUCAAGUCACUCAACAGCCAGAUGCCCAAGUACAAGAAUCUGCAUGGCGGAAUCGUGGUGGUUGAGGCCGUGCCUAGGAACCCUUCUGGAAAGGUGUUGAGACGGCUGUUGAGAGAUAGAAAGGAUGAUGUGGUGUUGGGCUUGGAUGUUUCCAAGCUGUAA